GAGAAGGCUGCAUCACUAAGAGCAUCGCGUGGCACGAGACGUCUCUGCCGCCGUGGGACUCCUCUGAGGGGAGGCGGCGGCGGGGGUACGUUUUCUCUCCUCCGGCGGGGCUCUCUGCUCAUCCGACGCGGAGGAGGAGGAGGAGAGAGCAGAGGGAGUGGGAGAGGAGCGAUGGCUGCCGGUGGAGCAGGAUGCGGGGACACGGUGGAGCAGUGCCGGGCCGAGGUGGAGCGGCUGACCCGGGAGCUGGCGGAGGCCAACCGCGAGAAGAUCCGGGCGGCGGAGUGCGGGCUGGUGGUCCUGGAGGAGAACCAGAGCCUGAAGCAGCAGUACGCCGACCUGGAGGCCGAGCAGGAGACGCUGAGGCUGGAGCUGGAGCAGCUGCAGGAGGCGUUCGGCCAGGCCUACUCCACCCAGCGCAAGGUAGCAGCAGAUGGAGAAACCAACGAGGAGACGUUGCUGCAGGAGUCCGCCACCAAGGAGGCGUACUACAUGGGCCGCCUCCUGGAGCUCCAGGCGGCGCUGAAGCUCAGCCGAGCCACCGCCUCCACCGCGCAGGCCGACAGCGAACACCUGAGCACACUGCUGCAGGAGCUGAGGGAGAGUAACGAGAUGUUGGAGUUGCAGCGCAGCCGGAUGCGAGAGGAGAUCCGGGAGUACAAGUUCCGAGAGUCUCGACUGCUCCAGGACUACACCGAGCUCGAGGAGGAGAACAUCACGCUGCAAAAACUGGUGUCGACGUUGAAACAGAAUCAGGUGGAGUAUGAAGGUCUGAAGCAUGAGAUCAAGGUCCUGGAGGAGGAGACCGAGCUCCUCAACAGCCAGUUGCAGGACGCGCUGCGUUUGAAGGACAUCUCAGAUAACCAGCUGGAGGAGGCGCUGGAGUCUCUGAAGAGCGAGCGCGAGCAGAAGAACCACCUGCGCAGGGAGCUGGUCCACCACCUCAGCAUGUGUGACGUGGCCUACACCGGCAGUGCCCACCUGACCUUCACCUCGGCUCCGCCCAGCGGCACCGGCACACCGACCGCUCUGCUCUCCCCGAACGCAGAAGAGACAAUGAGGCUCAACGGCCACCAAGGUGGAAUUGGAGCCGGGUCGAUGUCCAGAGCGAAUGGAGAGUGCCGAAUGGUGACGUCUGAUCUCUUCAACGAGAUGAACUUGACGGAGAUCCAGAGGCUCAAGCAGCAGCUGAUAACGGUUGAACGUGAGAAAGUUUCACUGAUGACCAGUCUGCAGGAGUCCCAGACGCAGCUGCAACACACCCAGGGAGCCCUGAACGAGCAGCACGAGAAGGUCCUCCGCCUUAGCCAGAGAGCGACUGCCCUCCGCCGCCUGCAUCGAAGGGCACACCUCAACCAGGAAGCCCAUGUCAGCGCCACCUCCCAGCUCCACCCGGAGGCCAUGAUGGAGUCUGAAGAGGAGGGAGGAACUGUGGAGGAGGACAGGAGUGAGACACUCAACAAAAGUCUGGCGUUUUCAUACCAGACCCCUGGUCUGGAGAUCCUGCAGUGCAAGUACCGUGUUGCUGUGACCGAGGUGGUGGAGCUGAAGGCGGAAGUGAAAGCACUGCGCGACAGACUGGCUCAGUGCGUCGAGGGGGCGGCCGAGGAGAAGCCGAGGCGGAGCGUUCAGCUCCAGAAGCUGGAGAGGCAGGUCGCCUCAUUAGAGAAGGGCUGCCGAGAGAGCCGGGAGAAGACGUCGAGUCUGGAGUUGGAGUUGCAGACGGCUCAGUCAGCAGCCAAUGAGAGCCAGGGUGUGUUGAACGCAGCUCAGGAUGAGUUGGUGAUGCUCAGCGAGGAGCUCGCCCAGCUCUACCACCACGUCUGUCUGUGCAACAACGAGACGCCCAACCGCGUCAUGCUGGACUACUACAGACAAGGCAGAGGGCUCCGGGGCCUCAGUGCCAGCCUCAAAGCCAUGUCUUCUGACACCAGCAAAGUCUUCCUCACACCACGCCUUGCCAGGCGGCUGGCCGCCGUUGUUUCGGCAAACUUAACCCCCGGGGGGUCGCGAAGCCCCUCGCAGUCUCCGUCCAAGGAGCCCUUAUCUGGCGAGGGAAGGGUAGAGGACAAGAAGGAGGACAAGGAGGGCCUGCAGGCGUCGUCUGAGCAGAGCCCGCCGCCCAGCACGCCUCCAACCCGCUCGCCCAGCAUCAGUGCCUCUUCGUCAUCGUCGUCGUCAUCAUCUCCCGCCCUGGAGCCAGCUGGUGAGCUGCGUCGGGAGCCCAUGAAUGUCUACAACCUCAACGCCAUCAUCAGAGAGCAGGUGAAGUACCUCCAGCGGGCAGUGGACAUGUCUCUGCAGCUGUCUCGACAAAGAGCUGCAGCCAGGGAACUGGCCCCUCUGCUGGACAAGGACAAAGAGAGCUGCUUGGAGGAGAUCCUGAAGCUCAAAUCUCUGCUCAGCACCAAGAGGGAGCAGAUCGCCACCCUCAGACUGGUGCUCAGGGCGAACAAACAGACGGCAGAGGGGGUCCUGGCCAACCUGAAGAGUAAGUAUGAGGCGGAGAAGUCCAUGGUGACAACCACCAUGAUGAAGCUCAGGAACGAGCUGAAAGCCCUGAAGGAGGACGCUGCCACUUUCUCCUCUCUGCGGGCCAUGUUCGCCACCAGGUGUGACGAGUAUGUCACCCAGCUGGAUGAGAUGCAGAGGCAGAUGAUUGCGGCCGAAGACGAGAAGAAGACCCUGAACUCCCUCCUCCGGAUGGCCAUCCAGCAGAAACUGUCUCUCACCCAACGCCUGGAGGAUUUGGCUUUCGAUCAAGAGCAGACCCACCGCACCCGCGGGGGCAGGCUGAACCGCAUGAAGACCAGCACCCCCAAAGUAAGUCCCCCGGCCUUGGCUUCGGCCUCCAACGUAGACAAAGGCUCCACUUCGGCCCCUGUCAGCCUCCCUCUUUCAGGCCUCCCUUGCCCUGUGUCGAUGCUUCUCGAUGAUCCCACUCGGCCCCUUAGCCCGUCUGUGGUCAGUGCAGCUCUCGCCUCCCCGACGUCGCAUAUACCCCCUCGCGGUCCAUCAUCGGCGGCGGUCCCUCCAUUCGAUGGCCCUCCGGCACCAGACGGCCCCUCGUGUCUGGAGGUCCCUUCCUCUGCCUCGGUGCGGACCCCGCCCCCCACCCCUCUGAGGCUGGCUCACUCCCAGUGGAGCCUCGGGGUGCGGAUGUUUGUGGUCGACUCCCACAGAUUGAACGUCAACAUGUCCCCCGCUCUGCCCCGUAGUUCCAGCCCCUCCUGGCACUACACCCCAGACUCUCAUGCCUCUCCCCCACCCGCCACCACCACCACCACCACAAGACCGGCCCAACCUGGAUCUGCCGCCUCCUCCCCCUACCGGUCCCCUAUUCUCGGGCUCAGGCGCUCCGCAUGGAGCCCUUCGCCCCGAACUCGGCCCUUGUCCGGCCUGACGCGCUCUUCCGUCCUCUACGCUUCUUCCUCGCCCUCCCCUUACUCCUCCACCCACACCUAUUCCUCGACCUACUACAGCUCCUCUCCUACUUUCACCCCCUCUAGCUCCUACCUCACAUCUGGCACCACCCCCUCCUACAACCACUCGACCAAUUACACACCCCUCUACCCCAGAUACUACAGUUCGUACAGGCCCCGGCACUGACCCGUACUCCAAACCCUUUAACGUAAGUGUUUUGAAGGCCUUUCCACCGGGCUCCUUAUCGACAUUAAAACCGCAACCUUUUGUUUGAGUCGGGGCUCACAGAGUGGUUUCCUGUGCCUACGCUUUGGCCAAUGGGUUCUGAAUGUUCAAUGACUUUGCUCAGGGAUUUGACAAAAGGAGCACAAGUGGCCUCGCCUUCCUUCUAUUCCGAGACUGCCGAUUGGUCCACAGGAGGACGUUAAUAGAGACUUUUAAAUGAGAGUUUUUAGCAUUUAGGUUCUUCAGGUUGAGACCACACAUGCAUGAAGUGAUGAAAACACAGAGACAUUCGGACAUUGACUGGACGUUUGGUGUUCACGUUCAUAGGUUUGAAUGAGGGGAAUAUGACACAUUAAAUACCGUCCUCUAUAUUCAAUAUAAUAUCCACUCUGAAGUGAUUCUGUAUACACAAACACUGUAAAUCACAUGUCUUUCAGUGCAAGCAUCUGUUGGUGAGGUACUCGGUGCCGAAGGGUUCAGUAUGAUUCAAACAAAUUAGGUUACAAGUCGAAACAUGUCUGAAAUGAAGUGUUGAUCCCGGUUUCAAAUGGACGCAUUCUCGUCCUCGUAAGGGGGGAAAUGAUGAUCCAUGAUCUGCGCUGAAGACUCAUUGCUAUUUUUCUUUUACACCUCUGCACAUCUGGGAAGUCGGCAUGUUUGUCAGAUUGUCAUUUCUAAAAGUUUGUCAGAUGCAGCAUCCUGAAUUGCAACGUGGGAUUGUUCGGGGAGGGUUCAUCGAGCUUUGUUCGAAGCAUACUGAUUCCUGUAGUGUUCCAGCUUCGAUUGCACAAUCUCUCUUCACACACACACACUUGUAUGAUGAGACAGGUGUGGACAAGGAGCGGUGGACGAGUCACCAGAAUGAAAAUUCUUUAUUUCUUGUCCAGGGUUGUUGCGUCAA